AUGACCGAGAGGAAGAGGAAUGGAGACGACGAAAUGAGAGAGGCAGCAAGCGAAGGAGAGGCACGGAGAGACAGAGACAGGAAAAUCGAGGAAGGGCAGGCUAAGAAAGGGAGGGUGGGGAGCAAGGGGGGAGCGGGAGGCCGCGUGCGAGAAGUGCGAGGCCAAAGGCGAGGGCCGCGGGGCGCACGGGGGGCGCGUGGCGGGGCUGCCGUCGGGGCCGCGGCGGACCGGGCGUCCGGGGCGCUGGAGCGCGGGGCCGGGGAGGGCGGCGGGGUGGGGGCCGCGGCGCCGGGGAGCCGAGCCGGGCCGGGCCGCUUACCUGUUGCUGGCGGAGGCGUCGCGCCGCGGGAGCUGCGUGCCGCUCCCUCGGGGACUCGCCGCGCGCUCGUCCGGGCUGCCUCCCGAGGCGCCGGCGGCGGGGAAGCCCGCGGCGGGGCGGCGGGGCGCGGCGGGAGCGGGGGCGCCCGAGCCCGCACGUCGUCCGGCCGGCGCGCAGCGCUGCGAAGCUCUGAGCGGCGGCGGGGGCGCGCGGCGUCUUAA